AUAGCGGGCACCUUGGUCGCUAGAGGUCGCUCUUGUGACGUCACGCACCGGCGCUGAAUUCAACUACGAUUAUGACAACAAUGUGUAAAUGGAUAUUAUAAACACUACAAUUUUUAUCGAUAAUUGCGUGGAUUUGCAGAGUUUUAUUAGUUUUAUAGAAAGUUUUUAAUAUAUACUGACUUUGCAAGAUUAUGCAGUAACCUCCCCUUACAGUCCAUAUUAUCAAUCUAUAAUGGAGCAUGUUUAUGAAGAGAUUGCCAGUCCCAUAAAACAGAUGAGACUUGAAGAUGAUGUGUGUAGCCUACAACCAGACAGUUCAUAUCCACAGUCAAGUUCAACACCAAAGGCCAACCAUUCCUGUCCUAGCAGGACUUCAUCUGGUACCGAGGAUUCACAUCCAGGCAGCUGUAGCUCCCAACACAGUAACCAGGGCAGACCAUUUGGUGUGCUGGUUCCCAACAACAAUAAUCAGAGACUGGUACCCAAGUCAAAGACAAAACCCCUGAAAGUGUUGCAGAAUCAAGGUCAGCUUAAGAUUUCAGCCUAUAUGAAUUUUGGACUUUUAACUGUCCAUGUUGUACAAGGCAGACAUUUGUCAUCAAAACAGAGACCACUGUGUGAUUCUUUUGUCAAAAUGUCUCUAAUUCCUGAUGAUAGUAAGAGAUGUAGAUGUAAAACUGAUGUUAGAGGUGAAACCAACAACCCAUUAUAUGAUGAGAAAUUCUCUUUUGAGCUUUUAGAAGAAGACUACCACAAGAGAUUAUAUAUUUCUGUAUGGAAUAAGGACCAAUCUACAAGCAUGUGUGAAUUUCUUGGAUGCAUGUCAUUUGGAGUCCGACACUUGCUGAAUCCAAACAAGGACAUUACUGGAUGGUAUUAUUUGUUAACAGAAGAGAUUGGUAGAAAGAAACAUUUACAAGUAUCUAGUAAACAAAGAUCAAUACAAGUUAAACAUCAGCCAGUACCACCAGUUAACCAGGAUGUUUGGGGCAUGGAAUCUCUUACAAUUACACUGGAGAGAGGGAAGCAUGGUUAUGGAUUCUCUGUUGUGGAGGAAUCCCCUGUAAAAGUAGGAAGAGUUGAUAGGGCUUCCCCUGCUGAGACAGCUGGUUUACAUCCUGGGGAUUGUAUCAUCAAGGUCAAUGGACAGAAUGUGUCAAGGUCACAGGCUGGUAGUGUGGCAAAACUUGUCAAAAAUGGAGGACAACAUCUUAUAGUAGAAGUACAAAGGUUAAAACAGGUAUCCACGGAAACAUUAGAUAAGACUGAAGUCAAUAAACAGCCAUCCAUGUCGGCCUAUGAUUAUCUUCCCAUGAGAGAAUUACAGAAUUACCAGAACUACAGAACUAUGCAGAAUUACCAAAACAUUGACUGUAAUACAUACCAAAACAUGCACACCAGAAAGCUGGCAGACUUUCCUAGAGUACCAGUUCAUCAACAGGAUGUUAGGGUGACAGAGUACCAGAACAUAGGAGGACUGGAUUAUCCUAUAAACAGGGUACCAGAUUAUCAGAAUAAAAACUAUGUUGCCAUGAGAAACACACAUGAUCAGCAUGAUGGUUCUGAUGCUGAUUACUCAGAUAAUGACUGUAGAGAGAAUGAGUUCUCUGUUGACGAGGGGAUUUACUCAUUACCGAGUAACCUUAUAACCAGUACACCUCUGCCACUUCUCUGUAAUGGAUAUCAGACAGUGCAAUCAACAGAGAAAAGAAGACAGGAAGCCAUUCAUCGUCUGCUGACAGUAGAAAUGGACUUUAUUGAUCUGAUGCAUGCUGGGAUACAGAGAUACUCACGCCCUCUACGUCACUGUAUUCUAUCUCAGGGACAACACUCAGCCCUCUUCCAGAAUGUUGAAAAGUUGGUGACAAUAUCAGAAUACCACGUAAAACAGAUGCAGGACAACAUGAAUUCUUCUGACACAGACACCAGUACAUCAGUGUCCAGUAGUGAUAACGGUCAUCAGUUUGUACAACAUCUCUGUAUGAUCUAUCAAUCUAAGGUGAACAUGAUUUGUCAAGCUUAUGAUUUGUACGCAAGAGGAAUAGCAGGAGCCAAUCAAUCAUUAGCUGAACUUAGAAAAAAUCCAGAAUUUGUCAAGUUUGUCAAGGAACCAAAACUGCAAUCCGGUCAGCCAUCUAUCAGUGCCUUUAUCUACAGACCUGUACAACAUGUUAAUGAACUAUACCAGACCCUUAAAGAAAUCUUCCUCAAUACAGACAAUCAGAGUCGAGACUUUCAGGGAUUAAAACAUGUUGUAGAAGUUUUACAAGAAUGUGUCAGUGGAAUCUCAAACUACAGUUGUGUUGAUCAAGUUUUAAGUCUGUCGUCAUUAACCUCAUCAUCUGCUUCUGAAAGUCAUAAGUCAAGGUCAUCCAGUUCUGACAGUGUUAGUUCACAUCCCUCCAAAGUCCCCGUUUCCUGUUCUAUGAGAUCUAUGGAUUCUGAAGUAAUGAGGAUCCAGGAUAAACUGGUGUUCCCACCUAAUGUGCCUGUGUUUCAACUGUGUAAAGAAGAAAGACACUUGAUUUAUGCUGGUGAACUGUUUAAAUGUGAAGGGAACCAGUGGAAGAAGGUCCAUGUGAUGUUGUUCUCUGAUUUGUUAGUUGAAACUGAACAUGACCGUGAUGGACACCUAAAAGUCAUCCAUGAGCCACUUAAUCUAAAGGACUUAAAUGGAAUAGAGGCUUUGAGAAGUCAUGGUACAGAAUUUGUUUUACAUUUCCUGUUGAGAGACUUUGCCACCAAUCAAAUGCGACAUGCCAAGUUAUUAUUCAGAGCUCCAAAUAUGGAACAGAAAUUUACGUGGAAAAGUUUACUAGAACAGAAAGUGACAUCUGCUGGGGGACAAUUACAGCAUUUCAGUUCUAUGAGUGACUGUUCAGAGACAGGUGUACUGAUAUGAACUGACAAAUCGUGUUAUCUCCCUUGGUAACAAUUGACUCAUGUGUUAUCUCCCUUGGAUAACAUUGCUAGAUAAUGUGUUAUCUCCCCUUAAUAACACAGCACAGUAAGUGUGUGAACAGAGAGUGCUGUUGCUGACAGAGACAGAGAAGUCAUAAAUGAUUGAGGAAGAUACUGACACGAAAAGACAAGAAUUUUAUUAACAACAAUUUUCUGACUAAUUUGUGCAGUAAAGAUGGUAGUAUGAUCAAAAGAGAACUUGAGAAAGAGAAAUACAAACGAUUUUAUUUAUUUAAGCAAUUUUGUACUUUGUUAGGCUGUUUUAAAAAAUACUCUUAGUUUAGUGUAGUUUUAGAGUUUUGAGAGCAGCUUGUGACUGAAAACUGAUUUUUAGAACAAAAACGUUGACAGAAGAAAUAGUAACUUUUGUUGAAGAUUACUGUUUGCAUGUUUUGUUUUGUCUGCAGUGUGUUUUGUUUUCACUGUAAAUUAUUUGUACAUUUCUUAUGCACCAUUAGUGCUAUCUAUAAACUCAUGCACCGAUUGUUGUACAAUUAUUUAUUUUUCACAUUGCAAUAAAUAUUUUGUGUUAUUA